UUAAGUUUUCAGCUUAUAAUCAUGAAUAUAUAUAUAAUAGAAAAUAUGUAUAUAUGUGUGUAUCUGUGUAUACUUGGUUGCAGUGUAGUAUUAUUUCUUACCAAGACAGGGUUGUAGAAAAAAGAUGGAGGUCUACUGGUUUAGACAACUUCAGAGUGCUCAGCUAGGCAAUCAAGGAUCUCUCAACACUGGCUACUGUAUCUUCUGUCAGAUACAUUUUUCAUGAUUUUGCUACAGCAUUACUAUAUUGCUGCUCUGCUUAAAAAGGGUGCUAUCUUCAAGAGUGGUUUUAUUCCCAUCCCACCCCCUUUAAAAAAGAAACUACCAAAAAACACCCUACCAGGAGGCAGUAUGGUAUAGUAAAGAGCCAAGAGCCAGAAUUCCUGAGGUUGAAAUCCUAACUUUGCCCCUAAGUAGCUCUGUGACCGUGGAACAAUUAAGUCUCUCAGUGCCUGUUUCCUCAUUAGUAAAAUGGGAAUAAUAGUACCUAUCUCUUAAAACUGCUGAGGAUUACAUGAGUUGGAAUCUGUAAGGUGCCUAGGACAUUACUAGGAGCAUAAGUGUUACCUAAGAGGCCUUAUGCUAUAGAUGAAAGGAUACUUGCAACCUGGAUUUUAGUUUACCAUCUCGAUGGUUAACUGGCUAUUUUUUGUGGCCAGAUUUUACCACUCUCUUUAUCUGCAAAAAUGUUGAUGGUUCAAACGUUGCUGUAAAUGUAGACUGAAUGCUGGCACUGUGAACUUGAGUUUGGGGCCAUUUUCUCUGUGUCCUCAGCACUUUGCAGAGUGCCUGAUACCUAGCGUGCAAUAAACAUUUGUUGAGUUUACAAAUAUUUACUACCUACCUUUUACCUGUAACUGUGAUUGCUCCUGGCAUACAACGAUGAAUAAUGAAACCCAGGUAUAAGUGCUACAAUAGAGAUGUGAACUAGAUGCAAUGGUAGCAGAAAGAUAAAGACAGGAUUGACCAUUGGGAUUGGUCAGGUGAUUAGUGAAAGAGCAAAAAGUCUACCAGUGAAGGAGGGGCCAGAUAUCAGAUUAUAGCAAAAUAGAAAGUGGACAGGCAACAUGCAGUAUUGGCUUUAUAUAAUGAGUUUGGACGGGAAGUGUGGUAAUAGCUAGAGUAGCAUAAUAGUGUUGAGUAGGGUUUUUUAAAGGAGGAUAGGGACUUGUACUUUAUAAAAAUAACUUUUGUGCCAAGCUGUUGGUGAGAAAUAAUUAACUGAAUCUAAGAUGUUUUUCUGAGCCACCAUCAAGUGUAAUGUAAAUUCUUCUAGAUCCACCUGAGGUCCAGAUGUUGCCUCCUUCCCACAGCUUUCCCUGACCUGGAUAUAAUUGAUCCUUCCCCUAAGCUUCUUUGCUUGGGUUGUAGAAAAGGAGAGAAAAUGCAUUCUUAAAAUGCGUGCACCACCUUAUGGCCUUUUAGGGUUCAUCUAGAUAAGGAAUCCUAGGCUGAGAUCUGACUUGUCUAAAGUCAGAGGGUUGCUUAAAGACACUUGGAACAGAUCUCAGGCUUCCUCUUGGGUCCACUCUGGCACACUCCACUUAACUAGGAAAGAAGGCAUGGGCGUGGGCAAAAUGAUCCAGAUACACUUGGGCUCCAAGCUAGCCAUUUUCUGGCUCUGGCCUGGGCCAAGUUGAAUUUUCUAGGCCAGUUUUCAACUACUUGAUUGGGGCGAUUGACUGUAAAAUACUCGGGAUGGCGUGUCACGUUCUUAAUACAUAGUCAUUUGAAAAACAGAACAAGCCAAUGUGAGAUUACUUUACUAGCCUGAGAAAUCCGCGAGGGUGCCAAAGAAACGUUAACCCAGGAGACAGCCUUUUGCCACGCAGGUGGCGGCGGUUCCGUACUCGGAGACAUAAUCUGACGUGGCGGGGCGGGACUUCCGACAGGAGGCGGAAGCGGAGCGGGAGGCACCGGCCGGCGGGUGAGGCCAGGCAGGACCCUGCAACACAUACCUCGGUGCUAGGAUGGCUCGGGGCGAGCGGCGGCGCCGCGGAGCUCCUGUAGACGGAGCGCGGACAGCUGAAAGGGCGGCUCGGGGCGGCCCGGCACGACGGGGCGGUGAGGCCCGUGGCUUUGCCUGGAGAGCGGCUUUGGGCGUCGUGGUCCUGUCUCUGGCCCUGGGCUUGUCAGGAUGCUGGCUGCUGGAGUGGCACCGUGCACGGCGGGCGGUCACACUGCACUCUGCGCCCCCAUCACUGCCUCCCGACUCUUCAAGCCCCGCGGUGGCCCCGGACCUCUUCUGGGGCACCUACCGCCCUCACGUCUACUUCGGCAUGAAGACCCGCAGCCCGAAGCCCCUUCUCACCGGACUGAUGUGGGCACAGCAAGGCGCCACCCCAGGGACCCCUAAGCUCAGGCACACGUGUGAGCAGGGGGACGGCGUGGGUCCCUAUGGCUGGGAGUUCCACGACGGUCUCUCCUUCGGGCGGCAACACAUCCAGGAUGGGGCCUUAAGGCUCACCACUGAGUUCGUCAAGAGGCCUGGGGGUCAGCACGGAGGGGACUGGAGCUGGAGAGUGACUGUAGAGCCUCAGGCCUCAGGUACCUCUGCCCUCCCUUUGGUGUCCCUGUUCUUCUAUGUGGUGACAGAUGGCAAGGAGGUCCUAGUGCCAGAGGUUGGGGCCAAAGGGCAGUUGAAAUUCAUCAGUGGGCACUCCAGUGAACUUGGUGACUUCCGCUUUACACUUAUGGCGCCAACCAAUCCAGGGGAUCUUGCCCCCAAGUAUAGCAGCUACAAUGUCUUCUGGUCCUCCAACCCAGGACUUCCCUUGCUGACAGAGAUGGUGAAGAGUCGCCUAAAUAGCUGGUUUCAGCACCGGCCCCCAGGGGCUUCCCCUGAACGAUACCUCGGCUUGCCAGGAUCUCUGAAAUGGGAGGACAAAGGCCCAAGUGGGCAAGGACAGGGACAAGGGCAAUUCUUGAUACAACAGGUGACACUGAAAACCCCCUUUUCUGUGGAGUUGGUGUUUGAAUCAGGCAGUGCCCGGGCAGGCAGAAGCCAAGCCCUGGAGCAGCUGGCAGGCAGCCUACUGACCCAAGCCCUGGAGAGCCAUGCUGAAGCCUUUAGAGAACACUUUGAGAAGACUUUUCAACUGAAGGAGAAGGGCCUGAGCCUUGAGGAGCAGGCUUUGGGUCAGGUUGCCCUCAGUGGCCUCCUUGGUGGGAUUGGCUACUUUUACGGACAAGGUCUGGUGUUGGCAGACAUGGGGGUUGAGGGGUCUGAGCAGAAGGUGGACCCAGCUCUCUUUCCACCUGUCCCUCUUUUCACAGCAGUGCCCUCCCGGUCAUUCUUCCCACGAGGCUUCCUUUGGGAUGAGGGCUUUCACCAGUUGGUGGUCCAGAGGUGGGAUCCCCGCCUUACCCGGGAGGUCCUAGGCCACUGGCUGGGGUUGCUCAAUGCUGAUGGCUGGAUUGGACGGGAGCAGGUGCUAGGGGAUGAGGCUCGAGCCCGGGUGCCCCCAGAAUUCCUGGUGCAGAAGGCAGCCCACGCCAACCCCCCAACCCUGCUUUUGCCUGUAGCCCACAUGCUAGAGGUUGGUGACCCUGCAGACUUUGCCUUCCUCCGCAGGGCCUUCCCCCGUCUGUGUGCCUGGUUCUCCUGGCUCCAUAAGAGCCAGGCAGGCCCAGUGCCACUAUCUUACCGCUGGCGGGGCCGGGACCCAGUCUUGCCAACCUUAUUGAACCCUAAGACGCUGCCUUCGGGGCUGGAUGACUAUCCCCGGGCUUCACACCCUUCAGUCAGUGAGCGGCACUUGGACCUGCGAUGCUGGAUGGCACUGGGUGCCCGUGUGCUGCUGCGGCUGGCAGAGCAGCUAGGAGAGGCUGAGGCAGCUGCGGAGCUGGGUCCACUGGCUGCAUCACUGGAGGCAGAAGAGAACCUGGAUGAGCUGCACUGGGCCCCAGAGCUAGGAGUCUUUGCAGACUUUGGGAACCACACAAAAGCGGUGCAGCUGAAGCCUCGGCCCCCUCAGGGGUUGGUGCGGGUAGUGGGCCGGCCCCACCCUCGCUUACAGUAUGUGGAUGCCUUGGGCUAUGUCAGUCUUUUUCCCCUGCUCCUGAGGCUGCUGGACCCUAAUUCCCCCCGCCUUGGGCCUCUGCUGGAUGUUCUAGCUGACAGCCACCAUCUCUGGAGCCCGUUUGGCUUGCGCUCCCUUGCAGCCUCCAGCCCCUUUUAUGGCCAGCGCAAUUCAGAGCAUGAUCCUCCCUACUGGCGGGGUGCUGUGUGGCUCAAUAUCAACUACUUGGCCUUAGGGGCCCUCUACCACUAUGGUCAUCUGGAGGGUCCCCACCAGGCCCAGGCUGCCAAGCUCCACCGUGAGCUUCGUACCAAUGUGGUGGGCAAUGUCUGGCGGCAGUAUCAGGCCACAGGUUUCCUUUGGGAACAGUAUAGUGACCGGGAUGGGCGGGGAAUGGGGUGCCGCCCUUUCCAAGGCUGGACCAGCCUUGUCCUACUGGCCAUGGCUGAAGACUACUAAAGAGGGAGGAUGAGAGGGGUGCCAGGCCCCCAGUCUGGAUUAGAGGAACAAGGUCUCUAGCUUCUACCCCCCCAGCCCUCAGAUACUAGUGCUUCAAAUCCUUCUCAGCUCAUCUCAGGUGUCUCCUUCCUGUCAUCCCACAUAGCCCGGGGGUGAAUGUAAAUUCAGAGUCUAUUUUUUCUAAAUAAAUUGGAAAACCA